UAUAGAUCUGCCAGCUUUAUAAAUAGAAGAGUAACUGAAUACGUAAGCUUGGAGCUUCCUUCUUAUAUUUGUUUUUAGAACGGUACACAAGUGGUUUCUGGAAAAUUGCAUAUGUCAAAUAUGGAAUGUACGUCUAACACAAAAAGUAAUACCACAGAAUUGGAACCUAAAGAACCAAUAAAAACUGGCAUAAUAGAUAAACAGCUGGAUGCGGCAAAACCAAAAACUUUAGAAAACACAAUCUUACAUGACUCAACAUCAAGUUACAAAACAGUUCCAGAAGGAGAAGCGCAUGUGAAACCAAACAAACCGAAGGCCGCCAUUAAUCCCAAAGCAACCGUCGACUACUUACCAAACUUUAUGCAAACAUGCCUUGUAAAGAAAACUUCUCUAUGUUUAACACCAAUUGAACAAUCGCUCACAGUGUUCGAAGAGGCACACGUAUCGGAUAUUGCAUCAACGUUGGGUGCGUCAUCAUAUAUAAGGCCUGUACAAGUAAAGGAACGCAUACAAAACAAUGAAACUAUCUCCUGUCUACAAAACAUACAAUCUGUUGAGCCUUCCGAAGUAGACACAGUGGCGGCAGUAUGUGAAUUUGAAAAGGCCCUACCAAUUAGCGUUAACAAAACGGAAGAGAAAACGUCAUCAGCCGAAAAUGAACAAUCGGCUGCAAUACCACACACAUCAUUGGGGCAACAAGUUGACUUGACACCUUCUUUAGCCCAACAAAGAAAUGUUAAGACGUCACCGCAGGUUAUGAUACACAAUCAACCGAUGGGAUCUGAUAUACCAAACGUUCAAAUUCAGAAUCCAACCAUAGAUACAAUGCAACGUCAGAAUGAUAUUUCAAUUGAUGCCGUACCAUCUGAGCCACGUUCCCAAAUAAUUGAUGUAUCUCAGGCUGAGUUUGUGCAAAAAAGUUUUAUGGAUUACGUCCGACAGAGCGAAACUAACACCGAUGAUGUGACCAUUUGCAAAGAAAAUAGUUCUUCGGUGAAUGAAAAUAAAUGUGUUUAUCAAGCAAAUGUUCAAUGUGGAGACCAAAAUUCUAUGAUUGUAUUCGUACCCAAAGAAAAGAAGUGUGAUGUUUAUGCUAAACAGAUAGGGAAUGACAAUAAAACAAUAAACGUUACCGUAACGAUACAUUCAAGCACGGUAACGUUUUGUGGAGAAAAUUUUAAAUGCAUUCCAAUCAACGCAAAUGGAGAAGUAUGGGUUCGCAUUAAAAGAAUGAGUACAGUUUACGAGAGACAGACCAAUGAAAUAAAGGAUGUUGACAACUCAAUGCUUAUUGAAAAUAUUGUUCAAGAGGACUUGCUCUCAGUGCGACUGCAGAGGAGUAAAGAUAAAGAAUUUUCUCUUGAAAAUAUAUUACAUCACAGAGCUAUUGAAGAGUUUAUGUCAAAGCCAUAUUGUACCUACCAGGUGACAGUUCAUGACUUUGAUUACGAUAAACAACUGGGGCGAGUUAGUGUCGAUACAAGAGAACAAGAGGAAGAAGUAUUCAACGACGGGCCUCUGUACCGCAGCCUGUAUAGCACUAUUCAGGACGAGCAUGUUCUUGCUUCUUCAGGUCCACCAAAGUUGCCACCUCGCCCACCACCCCCAACCGAGAUGCCUUCUACAUUGAGGAAAAAUAGAUUAGUUUAUUCAAAGUCUGAAUCGGACAUGCCGGAAGAACGGAUUCGUUCAGCGCCAGUUCAAACACCACCGCGCCCAAAACAAUGGCCUAGAUGUCACCAUGGCAAAAUGGAAUUCGCCGAAAUUGAGGGAAAGUUAAAAUUCAAAAAGGAAGGAAGUUUCCUGCUUUACACAUCUCAAAGGUUCGAGCAAUCUUUGGCCUUCAUCGAUUCGAAUAAAGCAGUGAAGACUCUGGAUAUUGUUCGUGACAGCAAAGGAUAUUACCUUAAACAUAAGCCCAAGAUAUCAAUAGAACAAAUGUUCUAACCAAGUUUCAUGAAGAAUAAACAACAAAUGGCCCCAUGGCGGAAAUGUUUUUCAACAGACUGGAACCAUUUUUUAAACUCGUCCAAGAUAUUAUUGGGACAAAUCUUCUGAAAAAGUUUCAUGAAGAUCCAACAAUAAAUGUGGCCUCUACAGUGUUAACAAGGCAAAUAUUCAUGACGCACAACGGAAGACAGACAAUUGACAAAAGGUGAUCACAAAAGUUCACCAUGAGCAAACAAUAUUAUGCUCAUGAAGAUUGUCACCAUGUGUGAAGAUCAGCAAGUGUCAUUCAGAUUGAACUAAAAAUGUGACUAAAAGUAUUCACAAUGUUUUACUACAAACAACUGUGGUAGUGCGGUCUCGUUCGCUUACGCAAGUGAACCAGUCACGAGACGGUUACGAGUUAUGUAACUGUGUGAGCACUUAUGUAAUACGGAAAUAUUUAUCGAGUCUAAUUAAAGAUCGCUUAUUUCUAACACACUUACUGGUUGUAAUUCAAUUAUUUAAAGGCGUCCAGUCAGAUACGCCUGAAUACACUCAAAGAAUUAAUCUAUAAGUGAAAACCAAAGCAGCUUUAAUGGAAAUAACUAACUUUAGUCAAAAGAAUCUAUGCAUCGUUAAAAAUGAACAAAUACAGCAAAUACCUUAAAGAAUGUAAAAAGAAGUUCACAAUCUGUCAAAAAACUGAUAUAAAUAUUAGUUACUGUUAGUCUUGAAGUUGCUUCAAAAAUUUUGUUUAUAAAAUAAUUCUAACUUAAUCUAAAGAUCACUUUUUAUGGAGAGUGGAAAACUCGAAUGACUCAGAUGUAAUAAAUAAGAAGAAUUAACAAAAGUUAUUUCAAUCAAAAGAGUCUUUCUAAUUUAGAAAAUGCCAAAUAACAAGGUUGCCAUGGAAACAGUUUCAUAGCACAGUAGUCUGCUAAAUACACCAAAACACAGUAGGUUAACUUGGCUUAUCAGUAAAGAUCUAAGAUAUGGCUUUCAGUGCAUUAGUACAUGUACAGUUAUUUUAUGACAUAGGUUUAUUAAAUUGCAUGCAAACUACUGUCUUUAUGUACACCACAUUUUAUGAAAAAAGUCCCAGGUUUAUACAAGGGAGUUAACUAUUAGUUAACUAUUAGGAAGUAUGUACAGGUUAUCUUUCUUUUACAUAAUGGCUUAUCACAACUAGACUGUUCAAAUGCUUUCACUAUAUACAUAUAGAGAAAACUGCCCCACCCCCUGGCGGCCAUGUUUUCCACCGAUCUGGACCAUUUUCGAACUCAACCGUCAUAUCCAGAAAAUACAUGUUCUGACUAAAUUUCAUGAAGAUUGGACCAAAAAUGUGACUUCUAGAGUGUUCACAUGUUUUCACUAUAUACAUAUAGAGUAAACUGCCCCGUCCCCUGGCGGC